AUGUUUGCGACGGCCGCCAUCGUCGAUGCCGUGCGCAAGGACGACCGCAGACGCGAGCUGGACCGUCAGCUGGACGAAGCGCGAAGAGAACUGAGCGAGCUGCAGGACCGGCGAGCGGCCGACGACCAGGAAAGCGCGGUGCGGCCGGCCAAGCUCACGAUCCGGCAGAUGGAUGCGCUCUGGAGCAGCCUCAAGACGAUAUACAACGAACGGCCGUUCAUGAAGGAGAUUGACAAGCCAGCAACGGCUAGCAUCUCCGACCUGCUGUCGAGCCUGCAGAGCGACUACUACGGCUGCUGCCCCGAGGAGGCGUUGAUGCGGACGGCGAGGCGGACUCGGGCAGAUUACGAACGGCUCGAGCGAGCAAUCCUCGACGAGGAAUCCGACACGAGCAUCACCUCGCGCGAUUCACGCACCCGGCAGCACCUGCUGAUGGAGUCGGUCAAGGUCGAGCACCUCGUCCAGCAGCUCCUCCACCGGGCCGAGCUUCUCGACAGAUGCACAAGCCCGAGCCCGUCGUUUGAAGAGGCGCGCGAGAUGGCACGCAAGGGGACGGCCGACUUCACCUUUCGGUCGAUCGAUCCCGUCCGGGCGAGGAAAGGCACCUCGCUGCUGAACCGAGAGCUGCGGUGCCUCAUGGACGAGCCGAAGCUGGGGCUCAAGGAGAAGAUUGGUCGGGUCUGCUACAACCUCCUCGUCUCGUCGCACGCACCCGACAUUCACACGUACAACACGCUCAUCGUGGCCUUCAACAAGGUCGGGCAGCACGGGCUCGCCGACGCGCUCGUCAAUUCCUUCUUCCGCGAGCGGCUCCUGCGGCCGACGCCGUCGACGUACGCCGCCGUCCUGGACCAUCACAGGGUGACGAGGAACCACGGGGGGUUCCUUCGGACGCUCGCCUGCCUGACGGGCAUCGACGGCCAGACGGGCGCCAAGUUCCGGCGGAGGCACGUCAACGACGUCGCGACGAGCGAGGCGCUGGGCCGCUGGGCCGCCGACACGAGGAUGCGGACGCGGACGGGCGACUGGGUGUGGGAGCACAUGCCGCUGAGCCGACCGUUGGUCGAGGACAUCCUCGGCGGCCUGCUCUUCUUCCGCCUGUUCGACCAGGCGGCGUCGUUUCUCCUGGCCUGCCUGCGGUCGGGCGUCGACGUCGGCUCCGCCGUCGCGAGCCACGUUCUGGACGAUUGCGUGGCGGCCCUCGAUUGGAGAGCGGCCCUGCGCCUCGUCCGCGGUUUCACCGACGGCAAGGUGAGAUGGGAAAGCAUGCUGUCGACGGACGACGACGUCGCCAACUCGCGCAUCAUCCUCCGGCUGCGCACGCUUCUCGACCUAUGCGGCCUGCAUGGACCGGGAAGAGGGCGGCCAAGCAAGGCGUGCCUGGCCAACCUGAAGAUUGAAGGGCCCAAGCUGGAUCAGCUGCUCCGACGGCUCGGGAAGCACGAACUGCCGACGGCGUUUGGAUGGUUCGCGGAUGCGGCGGCCGGACCGCCGACGUCCGAGGAGCAGACGGGCGUCGCCGGCGCGAAGAGCAGGUUGCUCCGGCUCGAGAGCGCAUGGAGAGAGUACGUCGUGGUUCGGAAGACGACGAUUUCGAUAGAGAGCAAGCUGCUCCAAGCCGAGUUCUCGACCACGUUCCGACGAGCGAUGGCGUUGCACGUCGGGACGACGGCGGUCGAGCGCGCCGCCGAGCUCGGACGGGAGUUUGGCGACACCUUGUCGGCUUUGACCUGCCCGACGAUGGACAGGAGGGGAACGGGCAUGGGUGCGCAAGAGGCUCCGGACGGCGAGGAUGCCGAGCUCGACGCCUUGUCGUACGAACCAGCAAGCGGGGGGCGCCUCGAAGACGCACAUUCGACCUCGACGGACUUGGGCGCCGGGGCCGACGAGCCAGCAGGACCGUCGACGAAGACUGCGGCGGCCGAGGUAUCGGCGCAUGCUGCGAUGCCCACUAGGAGGGCUGCAACCACGAUGCAAGGCCCGGCGACGGCGACAGGGACGGGUAGGGAGCUUCGUACAUGGCCAGACGCCGAAAGGCGCACCGCGUUCACGGACCGAUGGCAGUGGGCCGGGUGA